AUGAGCCGGGAGGUCCCGGGGAGCCGGCUGCUGGUGGACGUGAUUCAAGGUGAGGCCCGGGGCGCCCCCGCACCCUGUUUCAAGGGCGCCGGGCCGCGGAAGCCCGGGCGCAGGCGUGGAGGUGCUUUCCGCCUCUGUGGGGCGGGCGGGGGCUCCGGGGGCGCGCGACCCCCAGGCCGCGGUGUCCUCACGUCCACUGAGGAGCGCGAACAACCCUCGCCCCUGGGCACGGGGAAGGAACAUUACAAUUUUUCCAUUUCAGAUCGCCUUUGUUUUGCCAUUCUCUACAGUAGACCAAAGAGUGCAUCAAAUCUACAUUAUUUCUGCGUAGAUAACGAACUUGAAUAUGAGAACUUCUACGCAGAUUUUGGACCACUCAAUCUGGCCAUGGUUUACAGAUAUUGUUGCAAGAUAAAUAAGAAAUUAAAGUCCAUUACAAUGAUUAGGAAGAAAAUUAUUCAUUUUACUGGCUCUGAUCAGCGAAAACAAGCAAAUGCUGCUUUCCUUGUGGGAUGUUAUAUGAUUAUAUAUUUGGGAAGAACUCCAGAAGAAGCUUAUAGAACAUUAAUGUUUGGAGACACAUCUUAUAUUCCAUUCAGAGAUGCUGCCUAUGGAAGUUGCAGUUUCUACAUUACACUUCUCGAUUGUUUCCGUGCAGUAAAGAAGGCAAUGCAGUAUGGCUUUCUUAAUUUCAACGCAUUUAACCUUGAUGAAUAUGAAUAUGAUGAAAAAGCAGAAAAUGGAGAUUUAAAUUGGAUCAUACCAGACCGAUUUGUUGCCUUCUGUGGACCUCAUACAAGAAACAGACUGGAAAGCGGUUACCACCAACAUUCUCCUGAAGCUUAUAUUACGUAUUUUAAGAAUCACAAUGUUACUACCAUUAUUCGCCUGAAUAAAAGGAUGUAUGAUGCCAAGCGCUUUAAGGAUGCUGGUUUCGAUCACCAUGAUCUUUUCUUUGCGGAUGGCAGCACUCCUACUGAUGCUAUUGUGAAAGAAUUUAUGGAUAUUUGUGAAAGUGCUGAGGGGGCCAUCGCAGUGCAUUGUAAAGCGGGUCUUGGACGAACUGGCACUUUGAUUGCCUGCUACAUCAUGAAGCAUUACAGGAUGUCAGCAGCCGAGGCGAUUGCUUGGAUCAGAAUCUGCCGACCUGGCUCAGUGAUUGGACCACAGCAACAGUUUUUGGUGAUGAAAGAAGCAAGCCUUUGGCUGGAAGGUGACUAUUUUCAUAAAAAGUUAAGAAGUCGAGAGAAUGGAAAACACAGGGCAGCUGUCACAAAACUCCUCUUGGGUGUUGAUGAUAUUUCAAUAACUGGGGUCAAGAAUCAAGAUAAGAAAGAGCCUGAACCGUAUAGUGAUGACGACGACAUCAAUGGAGUGACACAAGGUGACAGGCUUCGAGCCUUGAAAAGCAGAAGACAAUUAAAAGCAAAUUCAGUUCCCCUCACAGUAAUUCUUCAGUCCAGUGUUCAGAGCUGUAAAACAUCUGAACCUAACAUUUCUGGCAGUGCAGGCAUUUCUAACAGAACCACCAGAUCUGCUUCAAGAAAAAGCAGUUUUAAAAGUCCCUCCAUUUCAAGGACUAAAACAGUCUUGCGUUAAUACAACACCUGUGCCCAGAACUGAAGGAAGACUUUAGGAACAGAAGAACUACAACUGGAUUUAGCACAAUUUAUUUGAAAACAAAACGAAACAGAAUUGUAAAAAGCCUUCGCUGCUUUCCACCGAAGUUUAUUCAGUGAAGAAAAAAUGUCCCCUGGAGUCUAAAUAGCUAAAUGAGAUUGGGUACAAGGCAAUGAUUGGAAGAAGUCUCAAAUUUUUGUAGAAAUGUCUCAAGUUUCACAACAACAAAGCUGUUGUCAAUUUAGUCUCAGGUGUAAUUGUCAAAGCCCUCUGUUAUGAAGAGAGCUGCCUAGUCUUUGUGGCGCAUGUGUGUCCCUUGUGAUGGCAAUCAUUUUAGCUGCUGCCCUUCAGAAGAAUUGAAUCUCUGAUGGAGGUUUUUUAUAUAUUUAUUUUCUGUUCAUCUUGUGACUCAAUAUCAAGAUUUAUACAAUUAUUCAAAUGGUACCUUCUGUCAUUUGAUGUUUCAAUUUGUGAUACUAUUGUGAUGUUAACUCUGUUAAGUACCCACGCUGCUUGUCUUCCACCAAAGUGCUUUAUUAAGAAGAAUUUGUGGGAACCACUUUUUAAUACUGUUUCAUGUUGAGCAGCAAAGCAGUACUGUGGUAAUGGAGAACGUUAACGGUAGCUUUAGAAGACUCAGGAGGAGGAAUUGGCUUCAAAGUUGGACGGCUGCUGGACGCGCAUGUGGUGACUGAAGAAGGCCAGGGCUGCCCGCCAUACAAAAGGAAACCUUUUUUUCAUCCAUGCAGGAACAUACACACGUACUGUUGCUCUUUCUGCUAGGAAAUUUAGGCCCUAAAUAAUGGUGACAUUUCUCACGCUUCCCUGUUUUAGUAGGCCUUCCUCUCUAGCACUGUGGCUUGUCUUCACGUGCUCGCCCUCACAUACCCUGUGCUUCUCUGCCAGUCAUCUACAUCUGCAUUCCAGUGGUCUGCAAAACUGAGGACUCACCGUUGCCUUCGGUUUGGGAUACAGCUAAUGACUCUGCAGAGUGCCUUCGCCCCUCAACCCUAACGAAAACAUAGCUGAAUCUCUGAUUCAAAGCAGCCACAAAAAAAGGAUGAAUUUAUUACCAUCAAAAGUUGGGGCCCAAAAGAAAAGACUGCUUUCAGCCACCUUAGUUACUUCCAUUAAAAAAGUGAAUGAUUUUGGUCAACAUUAGCCAGUUUUUGUCUAUCCAAGUUUAAAAAGGAAGUUUGGCAAGGAAGAGGCUGGCAAACAUCUUUAUGGUGUAAGCUUUUAAACAGAACUACUGCGAGUCGAUGAAAUAAACAGGCCAGGCAGUCGCUUCCUUUGGAGUGUGCUCACAGACUAGACUGACUGGUGAAAUGAACUGGCAUCGAGGGGGGAGGAAGAUGCCAUGGCUUGGCCAAAGCAGCAGCUCUUUCUUCAUCUGGCGCGAUGCGUGUGGGAUCUGGCCAGUUUUCAACACUGGAGACUAGAUCACAGAUGAGUGCUUUUCUCUCCCUGGUAAUGAAAAGGCACAAAGACCCACUUGGUUGUAGGACCAUUGCUCCUUAAUCACAUCUGAGUGGGAGGAGGAACAUUCCCUUUGCUGCCUUGUGUUGGAAGAUAUCCUUCAUCUUCAAACAAUGCCCCCAUGCACAUUCUCAGGGCAACUCUUUUUUCCCCCCUGAUAUUUCUAAAGGCCAUCUCCUCCAUAAAUAAUCCUAGGUUGUGAAAAUCAGACUUCCAUUUGAGUUUUUCUUGGUUUGGUUGUUCAUUACUUUAGAACAAGUAAAUGUGCUGCCAGCCUUGGCUCAUGAUGAAUGACUACCUUCCUCAGAAUGAAUAAAACCAUUUGGUGUCUUGGUCAGGAGUAAAAAUUGGGGGCUUUAGUGUUAACCACAGUAUUUUGUAUCCAGUAACUUCCCUUUAUCAAGUUGGCUGUUUAAAUUUCCAGCUAUAAUUGCUAUCCUUGGGCUCCUUUGAAAAAUCUUUGCACUUAAAAAACUCAGUAAAAUUAGUCACAGGAAAUUAGUAAGUUCGUUGGGAACUAUUUCUUUGCACAAAUUACUUGGGGUGAACAUUGGGAACAUACCUAGCAUCCGGAAAGUCUUUGGGCCUGACUGAUAGAAAGUUCUUCCUGCUCUGCAUCCGGUUGGACUCUUCUCUUUCUCUUUACAAUGGAAGCCCCAAUACACCCACAUUCUUUUGACAGUCGAACUUUGAGUCCUUGUAGGAGAGAGUACAGUGAAGGCUGCGUGUGAGAAAAGGAGCCUCCUUUCAGAGCCUGAAAGAGCUUGGAAAGAACACCAAGACUGUUUCCAAGGGAAUUAAAAGUAGAAACGAGUAGAUUUAGGUGCUCUUGGAAGUUUUCUGAGGUCUCAAAUAUCAAGAGUCAGGAACAGUACAAAGGACAGGUAUCUGCAAACCUGCAUGCACCGGGGAGUGCAGACUACCUCUGCUUUGUACUGGAAAGGAAAAUGAGAAAUCUCUGUGAUCCUUAAGGGAGGAAGGCUUGGUUCUGAAAACAAGUCGCCUUACUUAUCAAAUAUAGCUGUUUUCAAGCCCCUUGCUGCUUUUCUGUUCAGAAAUUUUCCAUUCUUAAACUUGAUCCCUUUAGCCCAGGAGUGGGGAACUGACCGGCACAGGGCCUAUGAAUUCAUCAAUACCAACUAGCAUCGCAGAUCUCUCCACAGAGAAGCAGUCCAGCCAUCACAUUAGGGACAAGUUAAAUGUUUGACCAGAAUGGCUCCUAAGUGAUGUCAAAAUAUCCAAAUGGCCCUAGGAAGCAAAAAGGAGCCUAACACUCCACCACUUCCUUUUGUCUGCCCUUCUCAAAUCACAGGAGUGAUUUCUACCCCUGUUCUUGGGCAGACUUCCCAGACAAGUUGUAGGCAUUUCCACAGGGGAACUCCAAAUAUUUAUGCACUUGGAGCAAGAUCAGACCUCGGGUGUUUUGGGGUAGUGGGUCCCAAGAGCUCCUGAAGCCCUUCCUUACUUCAUCCACUGGUGGUAACAAAGGAGCAGUGCACCCAUUUGAGGUUUGUUCUGAAAGUAGCUCAUCAAAAACAACUUUAAAAACCCAUUUUAUUUCCUUAGUAGGUAGUUCUGAUGGAAGCUGCCCUGUUAUAGCAGUAGGACAGCCAUUGCUCUUCCACCUCUCCAAAAUCUGAGUAUUCUCUAGAUAUGUUUAAAAGACUAUACAAAUUGCCUAUACUUUAUAGGAAAUUACCUCGUUAAUUCAGUUGCCCAAUAGAAUCAACUGUGAGCAGUCAUGUCUGCCUGCUUAUUGUAUACUGCAAUUUUAUAUGAAUAAUUUACAGACUUUUAUCUAACUGUACUCAUGUACAAAUUAAAAGUUUCAAAAUGUAACUGAUUUAUCAGUAUUUGAUCAAUCAUUGUCUUGAUUUUUUUAUUAAAAUGUAUAUUUCUAAUCAUAUUUUUUUUAAACAGAGAACUGGUCGAAUGAAUGUUUAUUUUCCUGAAGAUAUUUUUAAAGAUAAAGCUUCAUAAUGGCCUGUACACUUUGCAUAUCUGUGUAGUUUGAAAUGUAUUGUUGCAUUUGAAAAUAUUAUGUAUUGUAAUUUGUUUUAGAACAAAUUAUUGAAUAGCAGAAAUUGUAUAAUUAUAAUCAUGUAAUUAAAAGUAUCAGCCAAACAA